GCUAGCAACGAGAGGAGCAUCACGCAGUGUUCGGUGAUCACGUCAGCGACGGAGAAGCUGCAGGACAAAACACUUAAAGACAAACCGGUGCAUGUGUCCGAGAGUCCUGGGGAUCCGCAAUGUUGAAUCCGACCAAUGGUGACCCAGGCCACGUUGUUGUGAAUUAUGUUGAGGAGUAUCUGGACCUGGUGGAAUCGCUUCCCUUUGACCUGCAGAGGAGUGUGUCGCUCAUGAAGGAGAUCGAUGCCAGGUAUCAAGAUGUUCUGAAGGAGCUCGAUGAUGCUUACGAACGGUACCGCAGGGAAUCCGACUCGGUUCAGAGGCGCAAGCUUCAGUUAUCGAUUCAGAGGGCACUGAUCCGAAGUCAGGAGCUCGGAGAUGAAAAGAUCCAGAUUGCUGGUCAGAUGGUGGAGUUGGUGGAAAACCGCACACGACAAAUCGACUGGCACUCUGAGCUUCUCGUCUCCUCUCAAGAAGUCCCCGAGAGCCACGUUCCCACAGCAACAGUCAUGACAACCACGGCAGCAGCCAUGACGCCCACUUCAUCAGCCGCCAUCACUCCGGGCAAACCCGGCCACCUCGACAAGAAGCGCGAGGAAGUGACACCGAGCUCUGGUAGUGUGGACAAAUCUGGAGGGAAACGCUCGAGGCGCCAGAAAAAUGGAGAAACUCGCGAAAGCUACGGGGGUGUGGAGCACGCCGAAGAGGCGGGAGCGGGGGCGUCUCGGGAAAAACGCGCCAAAACAUCCUCCAACAAGAAGAAGAAACGGUCAAAAGGAAAGUCUGAGAGAGAAGUGUCGCCUCCAGACCUGCCCAUUGAUCCAGAUGAGCCCACGUACUGCCUGUGUGAGCAGGUGUCCUACGGCGAAAUGAUCGGUUGUGACAACGACGAAUGUCCCAUUGAGUGGUUUCACUUCUCCUGCGUCGGGCUCCAUCAUAAGCCCAAGGGAAAGUGGUACUGCCCUAAGUGUAGAGGUGAGAAUGAGAAGACCAUGGACAAGGCCUUAGAACGGGCCAAAAAGGAGAGGGCAUACAACAGGUAGCUCGUUCUGCCCGGCCCUACGAACACUGCCACGUUAAAUUUUAUUUUAUGUCUCGUCUUGGUUUCCAUUUACUGUUAACACUGUUUGAACAUUGACAGGGGGGGGGGGGUCUUGUACAUAGUUAUUUUUGUAGCUGCUGCAUAGCUGAGAAACAUGAUUGCUCUCUCUAAAUUCUGUAAAGAAUUGCCACAGUACAGUACAACUGCAUGUUUGUAACCAACCCCUUGUUUCCACUUACCCCACUCCAUUAUAUAUACUCAACUAACCAAUAAAAGACUUCAAAACAAAUAA